UUUCAACUGAACUCUACACACAUUUGAAUUUGUACUUUGAAUGGAGAUUUUUUGCCUUUUUUUUCAAUUAUUCAAUUUAUAUUUGGAGCAAUUUCGUUUUUUUUAAAGCGAAUGUAUCAAAUUAAAGUUAAAUUUCAUUUUUAAAACCCAGAUUUUGUAUGAAAAUUCAUUUUUUUUUCUUCCCGCAACGAUUACCAUCGGAUCAGUUGAGCGCUGCAAUGUGACAGUGUUUCGUCAAAUAGUCUAAAAUGGCGUUGGUCCAGUAUUAGACUAUCUGAAGGAACUUUGACAGACACUGAAAAAGAAAAACAUUUUGGUGGUAGUUCGCAAAGAUUGCGUGAAUCGACAAUUUUGUAAACUUUUUAUCAUUUCAAUUAAAGAAGUCGCAAUUGUUUAUUGAAAAUUGUUCGAAAUGGCAGCACCAGGUAGCCCAUCAUCGUUUAAUGGAUAUGAAGAGGAUCCAAUUUUCCAGAACAGUCAUUACACACAAGAUAUUAGCGAACAGAUGCGAGUACCGAAACGUAUCAAAGCCACUGGAGAAUAUUACGAUGAUUUCGAUAUGCCACUGGCCAACGGUACAUCGAAUUGGGGAUACCAGGACAAAAUCAACAUGACAGUUCCCGAUCGAAUCAUGGUCAUUGGACAGGAACAACAUUUAGGUACACGCACUGCACCACGUGAAAUUAUGUUAGACAAUUCAAUUUUGCAACCGCGCGAAGAUAAUCCAGUACGCGUAUCGACACCACCACGGCAAAUUGUUUUGUCGGAACAUCGUUUCCCAUCGGCAACCGAAGAUCAAUACACACCUGAUGUAGAACAAAUCAACGGCCACGAACGUGAGUUCAGUUCGUUGGGUUCCCUGGACGACAGACAUUUGGCUGUGAGCAAACCAAAGAAAUUGUUUCAAAAUGAUUUUUUCAAUACAAGUCGCGAGGCUACACCACCGUACGGUGAACAUGUGACUCCAUCGGAAGAAGUGACACAUCUGCGACGUCAAGUGGCUCGAUUGAAUCGUCGAGUGCUCACCAUUGAAAUCGAUAAUUUGCAACGACAACAACGUGAAAAGGUCGUCUAUUGCCUUGGUUUAGCUUAUUUUCUCAUGAAAGCGAUCAUGUGGCUCAACCGAAACUAAGAAAUCUCCCCUUCUCUCCCUCUCUCUCUCUCUCUCGAACGCACCGAACAACCAAUUUAUUGAACAAUUUUGUGCAACAGAUGGAAAUUAGCGUCGAAAACAGCGACUUUUUUGAUAAGAAUCAAUACAAAAACACUUUCUUCAUUGUUCCAUGCUACUUAAUGCUUAGGGGCAAUGUUAAGAAUACAAAUUGGAAAAAAAUGUGAAUUAAAGUAGAAUAGAUGAAAAAAACACACAAUUCAAAGACAAACCACAUCCAUUGCAAAGAUACGUAUGUUCUUUGAGUUGAAAAAUAAAAAAAAAUGUAAUUCCAAAUACAACGUUUCAAAUGUGGUGAGCCUUCAGUAAAUCCGAUAAAAACAUGAUAUUGUUUAAUUCACAAAAUAAUGAUUUCGUCCUCAAUAGCAUGAUAUCAGUUAAUCUCGUGUAUAAAAGAAAUGUUAUUUAAUUCUUUUUUUUAAUGAGUAAAUUAGUAGUGGCUGAUUCAUUUGAACCCUUAGAUUAUUUCUUUAUCAAGUUAAAUUUUACCAAGAAAAUCACACAAACACAUACACCUUUUGACUAGACUGCAAAUCGUAUGAUAAGUUGAUUGUUCUGCAUUAUUCUGAUGAGUUGAAUGAAAUAAAAUCAACUAAAUAAAAUCAAACCCUACAAAAUAGUUUACAAGAAA